AUGAGAGCUGAUGAUAGCCGGGUUAAUCGCUUCUGUCGUCGUCUUCCUAGUUCCUGGGAUUGGACGGCAAUCCUUACAGAGGGGUAUUUAGGUGGAAUUCUGGUCGCUUGGCAGAAAUCUCUCAGUAAGGUUACUCCAAUUGUCAUUUCUAGGCGGGCUCUGCAUCUCAUUAUCUCUUCGGAUUAUAUGGGUAAUUGUAUUAUUUCUGUUAUUUAUAAUUCUUCUCGUUUCCGUACUCAAUGUUCUUUGUGGAAUGAGUUAUCCAGGAUCGCCUCUAUGUUGGUUCCGUGGCUAAUUAUUGGUGACUUUAACGCCAUUUGUAAUAGGGAUGAGCACAUGGGUGGUUCCUAUUCCUAUUAUGCUCGUAAGGCCCGUCACUUUGUUGAUUUUAUUGAUACUAAUAAUCUCCUCGAUUUGCAUUUCUCUGGUCCCAGGUUUACUUGGUGCAAUAAGCAAUUCGGGACGGCUAGGCGUUGGGCCCGUCUUGAUAGAGGAUUGAUUAAUUUGGAUUGGUCUUCAAAGUGUCAUUCGUAUACUCUUAAGCAUCUUCCUAAGAUUUCUUCUGACCAUGCCCCUCUUUUGCUUAUUAUUAGAUAUAUUAAUAGUUAUACUCGUAGUCCUUUUCAUUUUAAUAAUUAUUGGUUGGAUUAUGUUGGUUGUCAUUUGGCAGUCCGCAGGGCUUGGGAGUUCUCUACUAAUGGUAACCCUCUUCAUUCCUUUACUCAUAUAUUAUCUCAUUCCCGCUCUAACAUUCUAAAUUGGUGUAAAACUGGUCUUACCAAUCUUGAUACUGGCAUUCGUUGCACUGAGAAUAUUAUUUCUACUUUGGAGUUGGCUGACUCUCUUGAUGCAGAAUCCCAGGUUCAUUUAGAGGAGAUGUAUGCUAGAUACUCUGCUCUCGAGAAACAAAACACCAAAAAAUGGGCCCAACGUGCACAUCUGAAUUGGGUUUGUGAUGGAGAUAAUAAUUCCAAAUUCUUUCACAAUGUCACUCGUAUUCGCAAGCAUUUUAACUCCAUAUCCCAGGUACGAGAUCUGUCUGGUAAUUUAAUUUUUGAUUGCACUGGUAUUGAGAAUGCUUUUAUGAAUUUUACUAUCAUCUUUGGUCGAGCUCUUCUUCUGAUUCUUUCUCUAGCAUUCUGA